AGCGCUUCCAUCAUGGACAAGUACCUCCGGCUCCUCACGAUGGGGAUGCCCCGCGAGCACGUCGAGCUCAAGAUGCGCGCUGAGGGCGCAGACCCGUCGCUGCUGCCGUCAUCGUCAGUAGGCGCCGACGCCUCUGUGCCACCGCCGCCCAGUCCACCGACGGCAGCGAGCCCCAGCUUGCAGGCCGACGACAAGCCGGCCCCGAGCGCAUCAACAAGCCUGAACGACCCACGCAUCGUCUCGACCGAGAUCGAUACCGAUCAGAGCCGUGCUCCUCCACGCUCGCAAGAGCUGUCGAAUGCUGCAAGUGCUAACGCGGCGCCAUCAACUGCCGCAUCGAUCGAGCGUGCUCGCCCUGCGAUGACGGAGAAGAUGUUUACCGUCAACUUGUCGGGCAGUGGCCAUCAUGUGGCGGUGCCGUCCUUGCGCGACCGGCAGCGGCGAUGGCUACAAAAGACCCUCGUCUCCUUUGGGCGGGCCACGCCCACCCCCGAUGACGUGUACGUCAAAGCCAAAGAUCGCUUCCUCGGGUUGCUCAAGAGCAUCGUGGACAUUCGCGCAAGUUUGUCGCGCUACAAAGCCAUGCUGCCGCAGUACUCGCUGGCGUGCGCGCAGCUGGGCGUCGACGUGUGGUGCGUCACGAGCGCCGACGCGGUCGGGCGGCAAAGCGUCGCGGCCGAGACCUUUCGCCACGCCAUGUGUGCCAUCAACGAAAAGCAAGAGAUCAAAUCCCACUUUUUCAACGCGGAUGCAGUGCUCUCGGGCGCCAUUCAGUUUGUGGACAUUCAUAUUCGCACCAUGGAGUCGUUCAAGCCGAUGAUGCAGCACCGCGAAGCGCUCAAGCUCGACUAUGACAGCUUUGAUCGAAGCGCCCAAGCCAUGCGCCGUGCCAAACGCAGUGUACCCGAGCUCUCGAGAGCCGACGCCAACGUCGCGACGGCCCGCGCUGCGCUGGACGCCGCCACGUUGCACUUGUUUCGUCAUUUUGCCAAGUACGAGGCGCAGCGUGACACAAUGCUGGAUGGCGAGCUCGAAAUGGUGCGCCAGGUCAUGCACACGUUCUACGAGAAGAGCGCCGAGGUUACUCGCUUCACGAUCGAUACGCAAGCGGACGCCCAAGCGCUGCGCGCCAAAGAAGACAGCCUCUUGGCUGCGAUGACGUCCAAAGGACUCUUGACGCCACCGCCUGCGAAGGACGGUUCUAUUGUCAUGGAGGACGUGGAGCUCGGUGAGCCCGCGCCAGAGGCCAAGUGGACCCAGCAGCUCCACUCGUAUCGAUCGCACUGUCCCAAGAUACCCGAGAUCAAGCGCAAGCGCGUCGACCAGCCAUGACUCCACCCCAACUCGAGCAAACCAGGCGAACAUUUUCACAAUAGUUUAAACGGAGCGGUUUUUCUGUCGGAUAAUAGACACGGAGCAUUGACUACCUUCACGACCGGGGGUUGUCCCAUCUCUGCUACGGCUUCUUCAAGGAGCUCCGUGGGGUCCACGGCAAUUUUUGGGCAUCCACUGACAGAGUGUACUACUGCUGCACCCAACGCGCCGGUUCGUUGCCGAGUGCUCUCAACUCGGACUCUAGUUGCAGGCCAUUCCAUGGCGUCGGACGUGACUGCCAAUGCCGGCAACGACGGGACCUCGACCGUCAUGUGUACCACGGAGGCUCAGGUUUGUCAACGGUCCGAAUAUGCCGAAUUUAGUUUCGCUUAAAUGCGGCACUUGAAGCACCCAUGCGCGUCGAAGCAUUCGGAAGGCUCCCAAUUGCACUCGACGACCUCUUGGCUUAUCGCACCAUUUACAUAGCGAUAGAGGGUAUGCAGUCCAUGUUUUCUGGGCGGCCUUUUGCUAUUAGCGUCCCUCUGCUUCGGCUUGUUGAAUUGUCCAGUGUGUUCCGCGG